AUGGCCCCUGUCCUUCUCCUUGUCGACAGCAACACAGCAGCUAGCGACAGCGACGCUUCUUCUUCCUUCCUCUCCCGGGUAAUAGAGCAGCAACAAGCGAUUUUCGACUUCAUUCUUCUUCCUCCUCCUUCUCAUUCUUCUCCGCGAUGUCAGUGCAGAAGCAGCCCGCCAGAAACAGAGCAACAAUGGAAGCUGCGGAUUCGGGUGCGGGUAUCGGUCGGAAUGGACGGAGGGGCUAUUGGAAGCGGCGGCGACAGUUGA